GUGAAGUGCACCCAAGAAUCGGUGAACAGCAUGAGCCAUCUCACCAUCCUCCGCGCCGCAGUGCGCAAGGCCCACCUGUCCAAGCACCACUUUAGCCGACAUGGAAUGCCCCGCAUGUUCUCGUCUGUGGACCAUCUCGUCGUGAAGGUGCCGUCGAUGGGCGAUUCGAUCUCGGAAGGCACGGUCGUGUCCAUCGCCAAGAACAUUGGUGACUACGUCCACGUCGACGAACCGGUCGUAGUCUUGGAAACAGACAAGGUGAGCGUGGAUGUGAAUGCGCCUCAAGGUGGUGUGAUCAAGAGCUUCUUGGCUGCUCUUGAAGACACUGUCGUUGUCGGCGCCCCGCUGUACACUCUCGACACGAAUGCUCCUGCACCAGUGGUAACCAAACCCGCCGCCACUCCCGCCGCACCUGCCGCGUCGACACCGAUGGAGGCACCAAAAGUGGAGCAACCCAAGGCGGUCGCUGCACCGCCCGCACCUGCUGCCCCGACACCAAUGGCCGCUGCUUCGUCGACUUCGGAUGCCGCCGCGACGGGCAAAUACAACCGCACUGAAACCCGCGUCAAGCUCAGUCCAUUGCAGCUCCGCGCCAACCAGCGGUUGAAGGACACCCAGAACACGGCUGCGCUUCUGUCCACCUUCCAAGAAUGCGACGUGAGCGCGUUGUUGGCAAUGCAAAAGGACCUCGGCCCUGCCUUUGAGAAAACGCACAAAGUGAAGCUCGGGUUCCUCUCGGCCUUUGUCAAGGCGAGUGCAUUGGCCCUCCAGGCCGUGCCUGCCGUCAAUGCGGCCAUCGACAUGGACAACAAAGACAUUGUGUACCACGACUACGCUGACAUCAACGUUGUGGUUGCCACCGAGAAAGGGUUGAUCUCUCCCGUCGUACGCAAUUGCGAGUCCAUUUCGCUCGUCGACAUCGAGCGGUCGCUAGCUACAUUGGGCGCGCAGGCUCAAGAUGGCUCCCUUGCCCUGGAAGACCUUGCGGGGGGCACCUUUGCCAUCACAAACGGUCACGUCCAGGGAUCGCUGUUGAGCACCAACAUGCUCCUGUCGCCGCAUGCGGCUAUCUUGAGCCUCCAUGGCAUCCAGAACCGCCCCGUGUACCACGACGGGAAAGUCGUCUCGCGCCCGAUGAUGUACCUGUCCUUGUCGUACGAUCACCGCUUGAUCGACGGCCGGGAGGGCGUGACAUUCCUCAAGACUGUCGCCGACUUGGUCAGCGACCCGCGCCGCAUGCUCAUGCAUGUGUAGGAAGCCGACGACUCGAGGGACAACGCAGCCGUCCCCCCGUCGAGUCCUCAUGACAAAAAUCCCAUCAUUCUUGACCCGA